GGGGUGGGGACUAGCGGUGGAAGGGGCGGAGGAGGCGCAAAGGGCGCGCUCUGGAGUCACGUGACCGGGACGCGCCGUUCUUCCGUCGGCCAUUUUAGGUGGUCCGCGGCGGCGCCAUUAAAGCGAGGAGGAGGCGAGAGUGGCCGCCGCUGCUACUUAUUCUUUUUUAGUGCAGCCGGGGAGAGUGAGAGUGCGCGCUGCGCGAGAGUGGGAGGCGAGGGGGGCAGGCCGGGGAGAGGCGCAGGAGCCUUUGCAGCCACGCGCGCGCCUUGUCUUGUGUGCCUCGCGAGGUAGAGCGGGCGCGCGGCGGCGGCGGGGAUUACUUUGCUGCUAGUUUCGGUUCGCGGCGGCGGCGGGUGUCGUCUCGGCGGCGGCGGAGGCAGUAGCACUAUGUCGGAGGAGCAGUUCGGAGGGGACGGGGCGGCGGCGGCGGCAACGGCGGCGGUAGGCGGCUCGGCGGGCGAGCAGGAGGGAGCCAUGGUGGCGGCGGCGCAGGGGGCAGCGGCGGCGGCGGGAAGCGGGAGCGGCGGCGGCUCUGCGGCCGGAGGCACCGAAGGAGGCAGCACCGAGGCAGAGGGAGCGAAGAUCGACGCCAGUAAGAACGAGGAGGAUGAAGGCCAUUCAAACUCCUCCCCACGACACACUGAAGCAGCGACGGCACAGCGGGAAGAAUGGAAAAUGUUUAUAGGAGGCCUUAGCUGGGACACCACAAAGAAAGACCUGAAGGACUACUUUUCCAAAUUUGGGGACGUUGUAGACUGCACUCUGAAGUUAGAUCCUAUCACAGGGCGAUCAAGGGGUUUUGGCUUUGUGCUAUUUAAAGAGUCGGAGAGUGUAGAUAAGGUCAUGGAUCAGAAAGAACAUAAAUUGAAUGGGAAAGUCAUUGAUCCUAAAAGGGCCAAAGCCAUGAAAACAAAAGAGCCCGUCAAAAAAAUUUUUGUUGGUGGCCUUUCUCCAGACACACCUGAAGAAAAAAUAAGAGAGUACUUUGGUGGUUUUGGUGAGGUUGAAUCCAUAGAGCUGCCUAUGGACAACAAGACCAAUAAGAGGCGUGGGUUCUGUUUUAUCACCUUUAAGGAGGAGGAGCCGGUGAAGAAGAUAAUGGAGAAGAAAUACCACAACGUCGGUCUCAGUAAAUGUGAAAUAAAAGUAGCCAUGUCGAAGGAGCAGUAUCAGCAGCAGCAGCAGUGGGGAUCUAGAGGAGGGUUUGCAGGAAGAGCUCGCGGAAGAGGCGGUGGCCCCAGUCAAAACUGGAACCAGGGAUAUAGUAACUAUUGGAACCAAGGCUAUGGCAGCUAUGGAUAUAACAGCCAAGGGUACGGUGGUUAUGGAGGAUAUGACUACACUGGUUACAACAGCUACUAUGGAUAUGGUGACUAUAGCAAUCAGCAGAGUGGUUAUGGGAAAGUAUCCAGACGAGGUGGUCAUCAAAAUAGCUACAAACCAUACUAAAUUAUUCCAUUUGCAACUUAUCCCCAACAGGUGGUGAAGCAGUAUUUUCCAAUUUGAAGAUUCAUUUGAAGGUGGCUCCUGCCACCUGCUAAUAGCAGUUCAAACUAAAUUUUUUCUAUCAAGUUCCCGAAUGGAAGUAUGACGUUGGGUCCCUCUGAAGUUUAAUUCUGAGUUCUCAUUAAAAGAAUUUGCUUUCAUUGUUUUAUUUCUUAAUUGCUAUGCUUCAGUAUCAAUUUGUGUUUUAUGCCCCCCUCCCCCCCCAGUAUUGUAGAGCAAGUCUUGUGUUACAAACCCAGUGUGACAGUGUCAUGAUGUAGUAGUGUCUUACUGGUUUUUUAAUAAAUCCUUUUGUAUAAAAAUGUAUUGGCUCUUUUAUCAUCAGAAUAGGAAAAGUGAAAAACUACAAAUGUUUGUCCUGGAUCCAAGUCACUACAAGCAUAAAUUUGAG